AUGACUUUCAUUUCCAAGGCCCAAGAAGCUCGCUCACGAAUUCUCGUUGAGCGUGAAAUUUAUUUUCCCUGUGAACGAACUAUGGAUCAUCACCACCCUCCUACCCAGGUCUCGGACCAGGUAGCGGCGCCUAGCUUCUUGUCGGGUGAAACCGACAGCAUGCUCAGUUCAUAUGUCGCACUGCAGAGCGACCUUGACGAGGCUUACAGGAAGUACCUCGGAUAUGCCGACAUCAUUGGUAGAGGCGACCUGAUGGCACCGCUCUUGGGCGACUCGAUUUUCUACCCCGAAGUAGAAAGAACAGCCGCUAGAAUAUUCGGCGAGCCACGCCCACGCUUGGUUCAAGGCAACGUCCAAGCACCCAUUGAAUGGACCGAUGUCCUUCGUGAAUCGCUAACUCCUGGGGAUUUCCAACGACAAGAAAACGGCAUGUUCCUGUGCCGCGUUCGGGGAAGUUUGAUUGAGGUUUCUGAGGCGAGUUACCUUGAGAUCCUCACCGGCGUCACAGAACGACUCUUGCAGCCAUUGCAAAACUUGUCCGACGAGCAGAAGGAGACUCGAGCACGCCUCAAACUGGGUGCCUACCUGCAUCAGACACACGAGUCACUCGUCCAAUUUGCCAGCGCAGUGCGCGAGUCUAUCAUUGCUUUGGGUGUAAACCCGGCUAUUCAUGAUAUGCAGCUCAGCUCCAUUGGAUUUGCUAGAGCUCGACUGCCCACCCCAAUGUCGGCCCCACCCGUGACUCCUACUCAGUGGGUGCCCUACAUGUCCAUGUCCCACACAGAAGGCGAUAUCCAUGAGAGCACUAUCAAAGAGGAAGAAACAGAAUUCGUUCGGUUUGAGACCCCUGGUAUCCUUGGUAGCUAUCUGGCGGAAAGCAGACAUCCUGACAGCAGAGGAAGGGUUCAAUCUGCGCGGUCUGACGUUUUUCGAGGUAAUUUCAUUGAUUCUAUGAGCGAGCGCAAUGGUUAUACCCCGUCAUCUGUCGACGAUCUGAGUUCCAUUGAUCCAGCCAGCAGCUCGGAUUAUUAUGCUUCGUCAAUUGGCAUCACUCGAAGCAACUCCACUGAUUCAGCGAGCCACAGGAUCGCGAUGGAUGCAUAUCACAGUAUGGUAGCGGCCUCUGCUUACCUGAACCACAACAACUAUUUCAAUCCCGAAUUGAUUGAUAGCAACGUCCUCUCCGUCAACAACCAUGCGGUCGAAAACACGGAUGCCAAUGUCAAUUCCGAUGUCAAUGCCCGUACUGAACCGUCUAAACUCACCUCAGAGAUGAACGUUAAUUCAAUCACUCCAUGGUUGCGCGACAUUGAUACUUCCAGUGAUGUAGGCGGCGAUGCUGAAUCAUUUGGAUCCAACAUCCCUUGGCUGGCUCAAUCCGAGGACGCAUCCCGUCCGGCUGAUACCGCUGCAGAACAAUAUGGAACGAGAUACCGAGGCGUAAAGAGACCCCGAACUGAAUGUUCUUCCAGCGAAUCUGAAAGUAAGCCAGGGGCCGGUACAAGAUACUCUCCAAGGGAAGAGGCCGACGGGCCUGCAUUUGUGAAGUGUCUGGUCGACAAAGGAUCUACUUCCGACGAAAUUGAAGAACAAUACUUCAAGAUUUUCGGGGUUUCCCGGUCUGCGAAGUGUCUUUGCAAGAAAUUCGAGAUGAGGGGUACUUGGGGGUUGCUGAAAUCUCACCGAGAAGCUAAGAUGCAGAGGACUAUGUCAUCUUAG